AUGCGGAAUGUGAUCGAUAUACUGGAACAUGUAAAUGUCGAUCAGGUUAUGAUGGAGAUGGAGAGAGAGGGUUGCUACUGGAAUUGUAAGCUGUGUCAUCCGAGUGCUAUUUGUGAUCGUGAAAACGAAAGAUGCAUUUGUCCAUCUGGUUAUCGUGGAGAUGGACAAACAUUUUGUGAACAAAUUCCAGUUAGGCAAGAUUCUAUAAAAGUUCGAAUAAUGGGAGAAGGAGAAGUAAUGAAUAUUACAGAUAUAUCUCAUCCGCUUGAAUUAAGAUGUUUCGUAACUGGAAGCGAUCAAUCAUAUUCCGGCCAGUGGAUUCAACCACAUUCCGCUCAAGAACCAAUAGUGACUAAAACUAGACAACAAGAUGGCUAUGAAAUUUCCCUGCGUAUAAAUCAACCUACAAUAACUGAUAGUGGAAGGUAUGAGUGCCGUGCAGGGAAUGUUGCUGCUUUCAUAGAUGUAAAUGUGGAAGAAUCAGCAAUUCCAUUCACUGUUCUACUUACAAGUGAUGAUGGGAUUUUAACGACACAAUCUACCGACUCAAAUGUAACCAAAGCUACUCUAUGGAAUAUUGCUGAAAAUAACAAAUAUGGACGUGUCUCCAUGGUUGGUGAUUGUAAUAGUCAACGAAUUAUAUAUACAUCUGAUUAUGGUCAUACUAUCCGAUGGGGCAAUUCAAACUCUGGACAAAAUAAAUUGGUGACAAAAGAAAUAUACACUUCACAAUUUAACCGAUUUCGCAAUUUGGCGGUAGAUUCAUUGUCUGGAAAUGUGUUUGCCUGGGAAGAGGCCUUUGGAAAAAUCAUGGUAUUCAAUCCAAAUAAACCAAAUAUUCAUUAUACACUUGAAAGUUUACAUAGCCUAACUUCAUCUGAACAACAGAAUUUCGCUGGGCUAGCUUUGCACUCCACAUUAGGUCUAAUGUACUGGGCAAUAUACACAGACGGUUGGAGACCGAAUGGUACAAUUCAAGUGGCUUCAAUGUCUGGUGAAAAUGAGGAGCAAUUAUUACAACUAACUGGUGAACCAUUGGCAAUUAGUAUAUCACCAGCAACGCCAGUUAAUGGUAAUUCCGCUGGAAAAUUAUGCUGGAUGCAAAGAUCUUCUAAAGGAAUGUUUGGAUUAGUCACUGAACUACAUUGUGCACGAUUAGGUCAAACAGGUAGAGAGAUAUUAACCAAUGAAAAGAUUAGAGAAUUCAGUCCUUCUGAAGAACCAUCUUUUGGUAUGACACAAUAUAAAGGAACAUUAUUGUGGACAGAUGCUUCAAAGACAGUCUAUUACUCUAUCAAUCCUGAUCGCCGAAUACGUGUCCGUUAUGUCUGUUGUUCUAAUCGUUUCCAAGCAUUAUCAGUAUUAGGUGAUUGUCCACAAGCUUCAACUAAUCCAUGCACUUAUUCUAAUGGACGAUGUCGUUAUAUAUGUUUACCAAAUGACGGUGGUAGAUCACGUACAUGUGUAUGUCCUGAUAAUGAACCUGGAUGUCAUAAAGAAAUGUGA